UGUCGUGCGAUUAAUUUAAUUUUUCUCUGCUUUUCUCAACUAUUAAUCUGUGCUCAGAAUUAAUUUUAAUUAGGACCUAAAAAUGAAUUAACUUCUUAUUUGUUAAAUAUCAUGUGUUUAUUUAUUGUGCGAAAAGAUCAAUUUUAUAAUCUAAGUGUUACACGUUUGUUUAUCAGAUAAAUCUCUAAAAGUUUGUGUAUAGAGUAUCACUGCUUCUUUCUCAGAUGACUUGAUAAGUCCUAAAACUUCUCAGGAGUAAGAAGGGUUUACGCCUAAGCAUGCGGGCUACGACUUAGGUUAUGCGAUAAAAAUGGAGGUGGUCAACAUGGACGAGGGUCGAUAUGAACAAACAGAAUGCUUACCAGGAAGCAGUGCAGACAGCGACGCCUCUAGCAGCAUCUUCGAAAGCAAUGACAGCAGUGAACAGAUGAGCGACACAGAAAAACCCUCAGACGAAGAAGAUUUAAGGGAGGAUUUACAGAAAAACUUAGCCAGCUUUUAUAAGUCUGAUUCAAAUGCAUCACACACUUCAAAUGACAUCACAGACGAUGAGGAGUUUCAAGCGACGGCACUUUGUCAAUUUAUGGAUAUAUUGAACGAUCUAGACGAAGUACUAGAUAAGUCUUUGCUCGCGUGCCUCGACGAAGGAACGAAAUCGUUCGACAGCGAUGACGAGGAUCUCAUAUGCAAAAUCAAUAAAUGUAUCGCUGAUAAGGAAAAUGUUUCCGAACAUUCUAUAUCCCAAAGUAGUAUAGAGGAUACUACGCAAGUUAUAAUGGGCCCUAUUGCCCACACAUCACAAUCGACAGAAGAAAUCGAUAUAACACACAGCGAGUCAUUGCCGCGAAUACAUUUUGGUCGUUCCAAGAGUUAUACAGAUCUGCCUAGGAGUAACAGUGAAGUUUCUGCUUUAUCUUUAGAAAGGGUGAAUACCUUUGAUGAUACUUUACGGGAUUCCAUGAGGAGAUUGGACCCCAUAGUACUGCCGGCGAUAAGCACACAAGAAUCAUCACACGCAUCAUGCGAACCUCUGACUUUACCUGUUAUAUUAUUUGUAGAACAUCACGUUAAUAUGCGGCCGACUAGUGCGCCUAUACAGCUUCAAGUUUCGGCCGCUAAUGUUAGUAGCGACGGACCUUCGGGGCCACUUAUUGUGGGGCGGAGGACGUUGCUUAUGAAUAGGGCUUUGUCUUUGCCUUCGCCUGGCGACAGCGAUGUUACAGCUAUCGACUGGUCGGAGCGCAAUUCGAGGAAUGUGGCUAGAAGUGCGAGUGGAUCCAGUUCCUCGAGUGAAUCGUUAAUUGGUGUUGUGCCGAUAACUCCCAGUGCGUUUGCUGCUUCUGAAGAUAGGAAUGAAGAGAAUGAAGCACCUCCUUUUGGAGUUUGGCCGCACCGGAUGAGCGCAAUGCUGGCCUGCCUCAGCUGCACCGUGGGCAUAUUUAACAUCUCUCGAUUUGCCAUAUUUAGCGUACAUUUUGGAGCAAGUUUCAUCGUCCAGUUUUUUAUAUUAUCCCUGCUAAUUGGAAUACCACUGUUCACUCUACACCUAUGCUUGGGCCAAGUACUGGAAUCCGGACCCGUAGACAUGUGGAGGAUAUCGCCUAUAUUCCAAGGCGUCGGGGUGUCCUUGCUGCUAACACAAGCUGUGAUCGGGAUGUACAGUAUAAUUGGUCUGUCGUGGAUUUUUGUGUACUUUCGGGACUCGUUUAUAACCUCUGAUGAUAGAUACAAAUGGGCGCUACCGCACGAGUUUAGUUUUGAAGAUAUGAACCACAGAAACAGUUCAAUCAGGAUCCAAGAGACAUUACCACAAUACUUUCACGGAGAGGUGCUCCAGCGUAACUUAAACUCAAACUCCUUUGGCACAAUCAAGUUUCAAGUGGCAUUCAAUUUGGCCGUAGUGUGGAUGAUUGUUUUUGUCUCUCUAAGUAAAGGACUGAGGUCAUACGGCAAGGCUGUAUAUAUGCUCAUAUUCCUACCAAUUUGCGGCACUUUAGUACUUUGUACUAAGCUUCUAACUCUGAUACCGUAUGAUACGGUUACCAAUAUAUUCUCUGAGACUGAAUGGAGCGAAUUUUUUAUUAAUAGUAAUAGUUGGGCAGCGGCCGCUCAAGAAACGUUCCUGACUUGGGGUCUGCUCGGAGCCUGUAUAAUGCAGCUAACUUCACACAAGGAUGCUAAGAACAAAACAAACAUAAUGCUACAGAAGGAAAGCGCUUGUAUAGUAGCCUUCACCUUUGCAGUACUCCUGCUUGGCUCGUUCUUAGCCAAUACUUGUGUACAAAUAUUGAAGAACCAUGGAUAUCAUUUUGUACCGAGCAGUUUUGAAACGAUAAAAGCAUCACAAUUCCUCUGGCCGAUGUCCGAUCCUUUGCCUGGCAACACCGUGUCCACCCCAGUGCGGUACAUGGGCCACUACGGCAGCUUGGUGGGCGUCACCGUGUGGCGCACUGGCAACAGCGCGCGCGCGCUGAGCGGCUGGCAACCCUUGCAGCUGGCCACGCAGAUAGUGCCCGCGACUCUAGCCGUGCUACCUGCCAAUGUGCUGUCGCCCGCGUGGGCGGUGAUCUUCUACUUCAUCCUCAUCAUGUUCGGGUUGGCGCAGCAGCUCGCGAUCUGGCACUGUGUCAUCACGGGCAUCAUGGCCAUCAACGCGCGCGCUCUGCGCGUGUGGGAGACCACCAUCACCUUCCUUAGCUGCGUGUUCGGACUCGCGAUGGGUCUGCUUUUAUGCACUGAUGCGGGUAUAAAGAUAGUUCACUUCAUAGACUACGUGUGGGUGGGGUGCUGGUGGCAGUGCGUGGUGCAGGUGGCGCUGGCUAUCGGCGUGUUCGUGGUGCGCGGGCGCCCCUACUCGCCCGACGUGGUGGUGGCGGCGCUGUACUCCACUAGGACGAGGCUGUCUGCUACGUUCGCUGCCUUACUGAGCUUCACGUGGACUGUGGUGUCGCCCGUGUUGUUAUGUGCAAUAUGUGUUAUGGACUUCCGCGUGGGACAGCAGAGGCAAAUGUAUAUUUGGAGAAAAUCAAUUGGGUACUGGCCGGUAUGGUGCCGGCAAGUGGCGGUGAUAUUGCAACAGGGUACACUCCUAUUGGUGCCGCUGGCCGCAUUCGUACAGACCUGGCGAUACAUCUCCAAGGGACCGCCCGAUAUACUCGAGCGCGUACAAAACCUCUACCGGCCGCGUAUGAACGAGGCGGGUGAGACCCUCCCUACGGCCAGCCUCACACGAGACGCGCCCACUCUCGAGCCCGCCCCGGACCCUCCUCCUAAAUAUACCCCGCCCCCCUCCUACUCCACCGCCACGGGCGCCAGGCUGCUCAACACAUUACGACGCAGCUUCAGGACUUUGAGAAGGAUAACAUCAAGUCGAACGGCAUCACAUCACGAUGAUACAUCACAAAUACCCAUCACACUCAGCGAAAGCGUCGACCGACAAUCGCGCAACAGUGGCGCCACACCAUCCGUCACCAUUACCGACGAAACCGACAGCACACGAACACUGUACACCAACCGACAACUCAACACCAAUCAUCAACUCAACACGAAUCAAUCACUCAAUAGAAAUCAACAACUCAACAGAAAUCGACCGACAUCAUCGCGUAACUCCCUAACACUAACCCGCGACUUUUUACGAAGAUCUUUCGUAAGGAAAAGCGAUUCAGCCAAAAGUAUACGUUCGAGUUUGCGCAGGAGUUUCAAAUAUGGCGGCGGUUUGACAACCAGCCACGAACAUUUGGUUAGAGAUGUGGAGCCUAUAUCUAAUACUGUAGCUAUGUCUGCAGUUAGUGAACCUACUUCGCAUACGAGGAGUUUGGGUUCCGUUAUAUGAAUUAUUUUUGUACCGCCUAUAGAAUAUGUAAUGUAAGAAUUUUGAAGGUCAUUCCCCACUUCUAUACACUUUCCGCGGAAAGAAUUUGGUAUAGCGCUCUCUGUCAGGCGAAAAUCUUUGGUUUGGUUGGUGACUCAAAAUACUGAGAUAUUUCCCCCGAGCUUUUCUUUCGAUCUGAACUUAAGGCAACUGUUUUCGAAAUAAUUACAAACAAGUUGACCAUUGAUGCUGAUUGGGCUUUAUAAAAAAAUCAUAAAUAGAUUGAUCUAAUAAUAGUGUCUUUCUUUUUCUUUUGGAAAAUUGUGAAAGGGAUGACAAUACUUUUAGACCAUUCUAACUAAUUGAGUUUAAGUUUUACUUCAACCUGCACCAAUAGGUGCUUGUUUUCAAUUUAUCUAUUGAAUUUUGCUAAUUGACUAUGAAAUGUCCUAUUAGUAGGAUUUAUUGUUGAUUGGAUUAGUUUUAGUUGACGUAUGUAUUAGAAAUUCCGUCUCUUAAAUGAAUAAGAGAAUAAUGCGUUUCGAAUGAUCGAAUGAUUUUUUUUUGGUAAUGCAUCUCGCAUCCAUCGCGCUGGUCUGGUCGUCUUUGUGCAAGCGAGACAGCAAAACUUUCGACACAGUAAACACUGUUUGACAGCAACUGUUUUACUGUUUUACAAUUAAAAAAUCAACCCUCAAAAGUACUUGAAUAAUAAUUGAAUGAUAAAUUUUUCUUCAGUAUUUAUAGAUUUAAAAAUAUUCGUGUUUUUUAGUAACAAUUCAGCAUCACAGAUUGAAUAUUAUUAACAUUGAUUAUUAACUUAUUAAUAUACUCCUACUAAACAUUCCUUUAAUCACACAGAUUGAUCAGUAGAAUAUUUUUUUCAAUAGUUUAAGACAACAAAACUUAGGCUGGCCACACACCAUUUGGUUGAGUGAUUUGUACAAACUAUUCAGGCAAAAUCCAUUAUGUCUCAAGGACACAAACGUGUCCAUAAGACUGAGCUAAUGGCUUGAACAACUUCGUAGACGCAACUGCUCCUACGAUCCUGUACGAAACCAAUAUAAUAAUAUUUUGUACAGCAAUAAUUAAUCGAUAAUAAGCUAAUGUGUGGCUAACCUUAGGCAGCAUAGACAAAACCUUGUACAAACACUAUUAUAAUUAGCUGUAUAAUAAAAUGUAAUAAUAAUAAUAAUAAUUAGAAUAAUCCCCUGUAAUACCAACGUUUUCAACGUAAUUUGUAAUUUAGUGAAAGUACUGAUAUAAAACAGUAUUUACUGGACGAGAGAAUCUCAAUAAAAUACGUUUAGUAUAUAUACAUUUUACAAGCCAUGUAAAUUAGUUAUAACAAUUGUAGGCUCAGAGGCGGCGGAGAUUUUCUACGAAUAACUUAAAUAAUUGAUGAUAAAUAAUUCGAAAAUAAUUAAUAAAAUCGGAUCAGAAUUUAAAAAAAAAACGAACAAAAAUCAAUAGUAAGUUGGCUUUAAUAGUAAGGCCUUUGGGCCUUGUAAGCGUAAGUAUUCGACAUAAAGGAAAGUUUUCGACCGUCUCUGUGACUAUUAUUACUUUUAGGUACAUAAAAACAAUAAAUUGGAGCUUAAGAUUAAUUAAAUAUAAUGAAGUGCUAUUAUUGUUAAGGAUGCAUUUUGUAUGAAUUAGUUUUUUUAACGUUAGCAUUUAGGUACAAUGUGUUCUUGUUAGUUAGUACUUAGCGCAUUGUGUAAUGUAGGCGUGAAAAUCAUAGGUUGCUAUCGCCUGAGCGGUCGCUGCAAGUGCAGCAUAGUAUGAUAAAGAACAACUCGCCAACAGUAAAAUGGACUUAAAUGUUGUUUUAAAGUAGUUUUUUCAGUAUACCGAUUUAUGCUUCAUGACUGUUAAUUAUAAGACGAUAAGCGGAUUUUCGUUUGGGGCGCUGGCGCUAGAUAUUCAAAUCUUAAUACAAUCGACUUAAGAUUAAUUUUCCUCUGGCUUUAUUAUUUCAGUAGACACGCAUUCAGUUCACAGUUGACGGCUGACGCAGAGAAGCUUGAGCUGGUACAAGCUAGACGCUCAGGCGACAGUAGCCAAUGCUCCCAAUAAUAAAAAAUAAAAAUAAAAUGUUUGUGUGUGUAUCUGAUUCUGUUGUUUUGAUAAUAUGAAUGUUAGCAAAGUUUUAACGGAUUAAUGCAAUACACGAUAUAGUUAUUUGAUAACAAUAGACAAUAUUUUGUAUAAGUUUUCAAAAAACUAGUUACAUAGAUGUUAACAAAAAAUAAUAUUAUUUUUAUCAACUCCCAAAUAAGUGAGUAAGUGUACGUACUUAGUAAUUUUUUUUUUGUUCAAAGAAUAGUUGUAUGGAAGAUAAUAUGAGAGAAUUUGAGUACAAUGAUUUUAGAGACUAAGCGAUUUGUUUUAUAGUUUUGUAAAACCUAGCAUUUUAGAUCGGAUAGGUAGUUUCUCAUAAUACACUGAUAUUUCAAUUUUCGAAAGUAAUUAUUACAUUUAGAACCCUAAAAAUUGAUUAGUAUUUAUUGGAUCAAAAGACAAUAUUUCUGGCGAAAAUUAAUAAAUAAUCAAUCCUAUCUGUAAUCUGCUGAUAAUUUACUUAGCAGUGUUUUUUUGUUAAAAAUUGUGUGGUCUUUGUGUUAUCUCAGACUGAGAAGGGCAAGUAACUUAUCGACAAAUUACACAUAAGAUUGAUUUUUGUUUCGGCGGUAAACGCACAUAAGGUCCAAAUAGAGUAUUAUUUGCUUUAAAUUAUGUUGGUUAAACAAUUAGAUUUAAAUGAUCUUGUCACAUCACACGAAAACUAAAACUGCCAUUAAAUUUAGUCACAUUUAAGUGUUACAUGGUGGGAUUUAUAAUGAAAUGACGAUUUAAUAAUUAGGGAAAUAAUUGAGAAAGCAAUUAUUGUUGAGCAUUGUACUUUUCUUAAAUUUCGGAUUAAGCAGGACAGGCUCAGGAAGUUGUUUUAGUUCCUUUAUGCAUUUAUGAAUCUUUAAAAUUUGGCAUCUUGAAACUAUUUUUAGUUCUAGUCAUAACACUGCUUCCACGUAAAAAAGUAUACCAACCGCACAUUACAGCGCGAAUUGCACGCAACGAAUUUUUCAGCAUACCGACGCAUUCGCAUGCACUUGUGAAAGUGUUAAGGCCUUUAUGCCUUUGACGUCAAGGCGGCGAAUGCGAAGUGUCCGUGUACUGAGUACAAGUUCGCACAACUCGACCAAUUGAUAGAUUUUGAGUAUCGUAACUCUAGCCUAUAACGUCAAAAUUAAAAUGGACCUAAUGAGUAUUCAGACCCUUUUAAGAAGGCGUAUUUUCAGUAGAUAAAUAUUUAUAAUUUUCUCUUUGAGCGCUGGCUGCAGAAGUUUAGAUUAACUUAAACCUUAAAACAAAGUACAGUAGCUGGCAGGAAACAUCAUCGACCUUUAGAAAGAGAUUUUGGCAUCGUAGAGCGUUGUCUCUGUCACUUGUACUUAUGUGACGUUUUGUCGGUUUUAACGGUAGACAACGCUCUAAGAUACCGCUAUCUCUUUCUAAAGGUCGAUAUUUCCUACCGGGUACUGUAGAUUAAAUCAAUUUUAUGUUAGUGUUUCGAUAUUCAAAAUCUAUCCUCGUUGUCGAGAUGUUCAAACUCGUAAUAACCCUACAGUACCCAUUUACAAUACUGAUAUACGUUGAUUGCAACGCGCGUAGUGUGCGACUAGAUUUAGUUUGCUUUUUAACAUCACAUAGAUUGUUUUAAAUUGAUUGCGCACAUUUUAUUCGCACAUUGUGUUUUACUUUUAUCGUUUUUUUAUAUUUACAUUCCUCUAAUAUUUUUAAUAAUUCUACUACUUAAUAUUACAUAUAAAUAAUAAAUGUUUCCUUUUUA